CCGCCUAGGCUUUUUGGUGCCCCACGAUGAAAUUUACUCGACAAUACAUUUCAAUGCACUGUCCUUGAACAACCGCGCAACAACCCCACCAUCCUCGGAACUCGCCUGCUCUAGUGCACACGAGACCGCAUUUCAACGAUGUCGACACCGGAAGAACCAAAACUGCCCGCGGGCGACGCCGCGCCAACGAAUCCGCCCACAGAAUCAAACCCCGUCUCUUCGAAGACGGUCCAUUCCCUCGUGCUCGACACUGGCCCGCUGAUCAAGAAUGACCCUCCAGUGAGCACGCUGCUUAGUCAAGCCCAAGAGCUCUACACCUUGCCUUCCGUCAUCUCCGAGAUCCGCGACGCCGUGACGAGGGCGCGCGUCGAGACGACGCUGCUCCCCUUCCUCAAGCUGCGCAGUCCGCGGCCGGAGAGCAUCAAAUUCGUCGCCGACUUCGCGCGGCGCACCGGCGACCUCGAGGUCCUGAGCCGGCCGGAUCUGCACCUGCUCGCGCUGACCUACGAGCUCGAGUGCGAGAGGAACGGCGGCGACUGGCGGUUGAGGAAGACGCCGGGACAGAAGGGAUUGAACGGGAAGGCGCCCGCGCGGCAGGGCGAGGAGAAAGAGAAGGAAGAAAGAGACGUCGCGACACAAGAAGACACCCAGGGUGAAGAAGAAGAGGCAGGGGUGGAAGAGCUGACUGAUAUUGAGGGAGAAUCUGAGCAAGGCGCAGAGAACGGUCCUUCGGGAGAGGUUACAUCUGAAGCACAAGAGCAGCCAGCGAUACAACCAGAGACAGUUACCGAAGCCCUCGACUCUCUAACUCUAGAACCAUCGCUGCCGCCAGCAACGGGUGAUACUAUACCCGACGACGUGACGAAUUUAGCAAAAGAGACACACGAAGAGGAGGGGGAAGCCGAGACGGAAGAGGAUAGCGCGGAUGACGAUGGUGGCGGUGACUGGAUCACGCCGUCGAACCUCAAGAAACACCAGGAUCGGGACCGGGCAGCAACCGGGCAGCAGCAACCGGCAGCGCAGAGGUUCCUGCAGGCGGCGCUGCUGACAGCGGACUACGCGAUGCAGAAUGUGGCGCUGCGGAUGAACCUGAACUUGGUGUCGGCGGCGGGGCUGGCGCGGAUCACGCGGGUGAAGACGUGGGCGCUGCGGUGCCACGGGUGCUUCCAGGUGACGCGGGACACGGGGCGGCAGUUCUGCCCGCGGUGCGGGCAGGCGACGCUGACGCGGGUGAGCUGCACGACGGACGGCAGCGGGGCGUUCACGGUGCACCUGAAGCAGCGGGGCUUCCAGUGGAACAACCGGGGCAACGUGUACAGCGUGCCGAAGCCGACGCACGGGUCGGCGAGCGGCAAGGCGCCGGGGGGGGGCGGCAAGGCGAAGGCGAAGGGCGGCAAGGGCGGCUGGGGCCGCGAGCUGAUCCUCGCCGAGGACCAGAAGGAGUACGUCCGCAAGACCACCGAGCUGCGGAGGGCCCGCGCCCGCGACCUCAUGGACGACGACUACCUCCCCGCCAUCCUGACCGGCGACAGGGGCCCCGCCGCCGGCGCCAGGGUCAAGGUCGGCGCCGGCCGGAAUGUGAAUUCGAGAAGGAGGUAAAAAAAAAAAAGCGGCGGGAAGGGGUAUGGGUCUCUACGGAUGUACGUAGCGUGUCUAGAGGACCCUGUAUAGGGCGCAAACGAUGUCAUGAGCACGGCUAUAAUCGCACCAUUGCCUCUAAACCCCCCGUGAUACUACAAUGCUAGCCCUCUCGCCAUCCACCCCCAUAGGCCAGCGGUUACUUGUGAAUGUAAUGAGGCCAACCUUGCCCAUCAAGACGACAUAUCGUUUCACUCUUGCGAACCCCACGCAUCGCCCCUCCGCGAUCCUAGACUCGCACCGCGCAUAUCGCACCGUAUCUGUCUGUAUUCAU